AUGAGUAUUGGAGAUCUUGUUGGUUCAAAACGAGUUUAUGAGGAAAGAAUUAAUACUAUCAAUAAAGAAAAUGAGGCACUUAAGGCACAAAUUGAAAAUGAAAAACAAAAGAGAUUAAAAGCCGAUUCCCUUAAAGAAGAACAAAUAAAAGAAAAUCAUAUUUUAAAACAGAUUAUUCAAGAAAAAGAAGUUGCAAUAAGUAGUAUGGAAGGAUCUAUCAAGGUAGCUACAGGUGAGAAAAAUGCAUUGAAAAAACAACUUGAUGUAAAAAAUGGAAUGCUUAAAGAAAAACUGGAUGAAGCAUCUCAAUUAAAAUUGAGAAUGAUAAAAUUAGAGAAAAAGAAUGAUAAAAUAAUUCAAAUGUUAGACCAAAAAAUGGAUAGCAUACUCAACAAAACAGAUGAGUCGUUGAAAACAAUUGAAAUUAUUCAACGAAAAGAUAUUUCAAAAGAAGUUCUUGAUUGUUUUGAAGAAAGUAAAGAGGAGAUGGUUAAUUCAUUUGAAAAGAAUAGUGGAGAGAUUGAAGAAAUGAAAAAAAGAAUUAAUGAAAUGAAAGAAGAGCAGUCACAAGAAAGACAACAACAGAAGUCAUUAUUAGAAAUCCAUAAAGUGAUUAUUGAACAAAUGAAAGAAGAAAGAAUAAGCUUAAUUAAUGGAAUUAAAGGAGCACUUGGAAUUGACAAAGAAUGUAAUAUGAAUGACAUUAUUGAAGAAGUUAUGAAAUUAAAACAAAAAAAGAUCAUAACAGAUUUAGAAAAUAGAGAGCUGAAGAGAGACAUUGAAAGAAUGGAAAAAGAAAUAGAAACUUUAAAUGAAAAACAAAAAGACUAUGCAGAGGUUAUUUGUUUAGCAGAGGGAAUAUUAAAAAGAGAAUUAAAAAAGUAA